CCCGGACCGGAAUUACGGUACGGAAAGAGUUAAGGAAAACGAAAGUUGGUUUUCCAAUUUAACAAAUGUUGGACUUUGACAACAAAAUCUAGAAUUUGUUUGAACAAUGAGUGGCUCAUUGGUGACGAUGGAUACGCGGGAAAGUGAAAAAUUGGCAAGAAAACGUUACAACGAUCUCAAGGUCGACAUAGCAACUAAUUUUAUCUGUGACAACGUACCUGACAAUCUGCCUGUGUUCCGAACGCAAUGUGCAGGAUAUCUGGGCGGCCCAGCAAAGUACAUGAAUCUUCCAUUCUUGGAUAUAUGUAUGAAUUUGGAGAGUAACAGUACAAUUUCGUACAAGAAUCUCCACGACUUGAAAGAAAUAUUAAAGAAAUUGCCGAUAGAGGGAGAUGCAAUUGUGAAAUUGGUGGAUAGCGCUGAACAGGAAAUCCAAAACAUAUUGUCAGGUGGGGCAGCAGUCACACAACCAGCACCAGGUCCCAGUCAGAAACCGAGUGAGACAACGGCCAUUGGUAAAGACACCGGUGAAGGCUUUCAUCAGAAAGAGUCGCACGUCUUCGCUUACUCUGAAAUGGAAUCCCUUACUCGUCAAAACCCGGGAAAGUCCAUUGGAUUCAUAAGUGUGAGGGAUUCGUUAGGUACCGGAUUUCGUGUAGGGGACCAGUAUGUUAUGACUGCGUACCACGUUUUUAAAGACACAUUUGAAACAUUGAAUAAGCUACCAGCGACCAUGGUGGAAUCUCCCCAGAGCACGGUAAAACCGCUGUCAAAAAUCUUCACUGUUGACGGGAAGGAGGAUAUCAAGACUUGUGUGGAACGUUACCUAGCGCCAACUAAUAAGGAGCUUAGAUACCAAACACUUUUGCAACACAUUGUGCCAUCUUUUAGGGAGAGGAUUGAAAAGAGAUGGAUAGAGGAUACAUGGAUUGCUUUCAAUAAGGGGACAGACAAGGAACUGAAAUUUAAUUUUGAUUUAAACAUACCAUUUGCUGAUCCGGUCAAUGACAUUCUUAUCUUGAAGCUACGAGUUGACGAUGGAAAUCGGAGCAAAAUACCAGAACCUCUCCAUCUUGAUGAAUUUGAAAUUGACACCAGAAUGCAUUUGAUAGGCUACUUAAAAUCAGAAAAUGUUGCAAAAAGCCUAAAAAUCAAUAUCAACUGUAAGGUUUACAGUAAAGCUACGGAACUCCAAAAAGACGUCAAAGAAGCAAAGGGGUGGUGGGCGAAGAACAUGCCUGAUGCUAACCUCGACGCCUGUUUCUAUGAAUCAGGAAAAGAAGAAACUGCUGUUGGAAGAACAAUACUGCAUGCCUCUGAAGAGUUCGAACACCGGUCAUCUGGAUGUCCUGGUGUCAUAAUUGAUGAACACACGAGGAAUUGUCUGGUUGUACAGCUUAUGUACUUGUCGGGUUAUCCAUCACGUUACUACGAAACUGAAAGGGUAACACCACCGCUGGAGUAUUGCUUCGAAUCUGGUGUGUCCAUGAAGCGCAUUGCAGCAAUAUUGUCGGACGCUGGACAAACAGAUUUGAAGAACUCUGUAUUCACCAGAGUAAUGUGAAGCAGACAAAAUAUGCUUGGUUCUGUCUAGAAAAUAUUGUGUUUAUAUAUUGUUUAAACUGAUAUAAUUGUAUGCAGAAUAUGUUUGUAACAGAGCGCAGGAUUAAUUAAAUUUAAAUCACUGCCUC